GAAGAUAUUAUUAUAUUACCAUAUUCCAAUUUUUCUGCAACUCGUAGAUGGUGCAUACUCCUCCCCGCUCUAUUUCCCACUCUUACAAUCCAAAAAGAAAGAAAUAAUCCAACUGCCUACCUGACAUAAACACUCAAUCCAGACCGUCCAAUUCAGAAAAAGAAAGUAGACUCUCUCCCGGAAAUAACACCUCUGAAACCAACUGGUUUAGAGAGAGAGAGAAAUUUAGAGAGAGAGAGAAAGAAAGAGAGAGAGGUUAGUUGGUUCUUUACAGAGAGAGAGAGGGAGAGAGAGGUUAGUUGGUUCUUUACAGAGAGAGAGAGGGAGAAAGAUGACUUCUUGGUUUCUUUAGAAAGCGACGGCUUUGUGGUUCUCUUAAGAGGGAGACGGUUGCUUGGGUUUCAUCUAUUAGACUUCGGAGUUAAUGGCUCUGGCUCCGAGAACUUCAUUUUGCUACUCCCAUAUUCAAAUUCGUAUCCCAUCGUCAAGCUCUGUGAAAAUGGCCAAUUCCCAUUCUCCAAAUUAUGCAACAUCGUCCAAAACUAUGGGCUCCAUGAGAGAGAACCGGAGGCUGCCCAUCUUGCUUUUUGAUGUUAUGGACACAAUUGUUAGAGACCCAUUUUACCAGGAUGUGCCAGCCUUUUUCAGGAUGCCUUUCAAAAAGCUACUCAAUGAAAAGCAUCCGAAAGCUUGGAUUGAGUUUGAAGAGGGUCUCAUUAAUGAGAAAAAGAAGAUGCCGCUGCAAAAUAUGUUAACUGUGGCCGUAGGGUCGCUGGAAUACCAUGUAAAGGUGGUGGAACUUCGACCAUGGACUUUGCAAGAGUUAUUCUUACUAUUCAAGUACCUUGUUUUUUGGAGGAGCUGGCUAAGAAGUUCUUCAAAGAUGGAAGGCAUUUUGAUUUGCAAGGAAUGCAUGAAGAAUGGUUAUUCAUAUCUUGAAGGUAUGGAGUCGUUGCUCUGCCACUUGAAACAUAAUGGGUAUGAGAUGCAUGCUUUUACAAACUAUCCCAACUGGUACAUGUUGAUUGAGGAAAAACUAAAACUUUCUGCUUACAUAUCCUGGUCAUUCUGUUCUUGUGAAAUUGGUAAGUUUUUUCUCCGAGGUAGACACCAUUUCAGCAUCAUUUGUAGAGUUAUUCGUUGCAAUAUAUUUCUAUUUCAGCAUCAUUUGUAGGGUUAUUAGUUGCAAUAUAUUUCUAUUUCAGCAUCAUUUGUAGGGUUAUUCGUUGCAAUAUAUUUCUUACCAUGGGAAGAAUUGUAUGUAAAUUGUUAAAUGACAGAUUAGUGGGUAAUAUAGGAUCAUCUCCAUCUUACGUCCUAAUCAUAGACCUUGAGAUGAACUGUUCCUUGUAAUAGAGCACCUGGCCUGUGAGUUGCCUAAACUCUUGUAAAUUCCUUUUACUCAUUAGAACAGUUUUAACCAGUGUUUUAAAAAUCGCAGAUCCGAUCCGGAAUGGGGCGAUUCAGAUCGGGUAUCGGUUAUAACCGAUCCAAAUAAAGUAUCGGUAAAACCGGCGGUUCCUAUUUUUUUUAUUUUUCAAUUCCUAUUUUUUUUAUUUUUCAAUCCGAUUUUUUUUAUGAACCCACCCUGGUUUUUUUGAAAUGUGACUUAUACCACUUUACCCCCCCUCGUCAUGUGAUUGUUUUGCCACCUUGCACUCCCUCCCCACCUACCCUCCACGCGUGACAUCUUGCACUCCACUUUUCACCUCCCCCCACAUGAUGCACUCCACUUUUCACCUCCCCCCACGUGAUUGACACGUUGCACUCACCCCCCAUGCGAGUGACACCUGGCACUUCACUUGACCCAGCUUAAAAAGUCUCAAGCUUCACAUGGCCAAGAGAGCAUACCGUAAAGCAGUUCAUUGGGUUUUUUAUAGUAGUCACUCUUCUCACAUCCCUUCGAUGUGGGAUAUACCUGUGAAUUGAAAAAUCGCUUGCAAAUGUUAUUAGCUUGGGAUAAAGCAGCGAGAUGGUGUACGCGCGAUGAUGUAUGCACGACGGUGUAUGCCCGUCAUGAAUAAGAAAGUUGUAUGUCCGAUUGUGGCAAUGAAAUUUGAUGCUAAAAAAAGAAAAAAUUUAUUAAAAAUAAUAAUUAGGUGCCCAUCACCCCUAUC